AUCAUGCAAAUGUGAUAUUGCUUUUAUACAACAUUUACAUUUUAGACACAAUAGUCAGUAUUGUGUGUUUUUGCUCUAUUUUCCAAACAGAGCUGAGCAACUCACUGGUGUUUGUUACUGAAUCAAUCAGCUUUUUUUGAACGAAUCAAUGAUUCAGUGAUCUAUCCAUAAAGACCUGCGUCUCAAUGCGCAUACUAUCCAUCCUAAAUAGUAUGUGACAUUAGUAAUAUUCAGCACUAUUUAGGGUGGAUGCACGUUGGGAUGCAGGGAGUCACUUGUUUCCUUCCUGAAUAAAUGAACGAAUCAGUUGAAUAAAUGAUUCGGACCGGCCGCCACCUUCUAAAGUGUCAUUUCAAUUUUUUAAAUAAUUCAAAAUAUUAUUUAAAAAACAUUCAUUUGAAGCUGAAGUGUGUAGUAAAUUUAUCAGUUUAAACAAGUCUGCCGUUAUUCGCUCAAACAGAAAAGACACGGCUGACAGUGAUCUGGAGAAACUUUGAACAAAAGUUAAAAAAAUGAAAGAAAGUUAUUUCACAGUGAUGAAUGAGAUCGACUGUUUUUAAAGCUGCAGUGUGUCAUUUCUGUCAAACGGAACUGCAGAAAUGAUUCAAAGAUUGUUUCCCAAAAACACUGUCAUUGGUCAGUCAAACAGAUGGUCCCGCCCCAAACCCACGUGAGUCAGAAGUUGAGAUGUCAAACAGGCAGUGGUCUCUACAAUCAAUGCUUCUGGGAAACGCAGCCCUGAUCAAUGUGUGAAAGAGUCGCAGUGUUAGGGUUAAACUCACCACAAACUUGUUUUAAGAAUAACAGAAUACACAAGAGAAUUAAUGAGGGCUUUCCAGAAGAGAGACAGAAUUUACUACUCAAAAACACACAUCAAUCCUCGUCUGGUAAUUAUAAACUUGUGUUGAUGUCACUUCCUGUAGCUCAACCCCAACACCCUCUUGAGGAUCGGCUUGUUUACUCAGAUCUGUUCAUGAAUAUAUUUAGAUGAGUCUUUUUUAGCAGAUCUCUUGAGUGAAAAGAUUUUCGUCAAAGAACUGUUUGUUUUUGACAGUGAAACGCCCUGUUAAAUCUGCUAACAUCACGAGUAACCGCUGUCCCAGACGUGUGCACCUGGCUCUUGGAUUGUGAUGUCAUUUCCUGCGGGAUCAUUCAGAGUGUGGGGUGAGAUACGAGCUCGUGUUUGUUCUGCAUCACAUAGUUCUGGAUGACCGCAGUGAUUUACACCAAACCUCCUCUGAAAUGCAGACGCACACGCCCAGACGAGACGAGAGUCACAAACACCAGAGUCGCACUCGGACCCGAGACGAGAAGAGGAGCGACGAUGAUGAAGAUGAUGAUGCUGGCGCUCACCUCAGCGUGUGUCGCUCUGGAUCCAGCGGCGCUGAAGGAGGCCACGGUCUAUCUGAAGCGAUACGGUUAUUUAUCUUCUUCAUCCAGCGCAGAUCAUCAGGGGCUUCAAACUGAGCAAAUGAAUGAGGCUCUUCGAAUCUUCCAGAAGGUGACAGAAUUACCGGUGACGGGCCGCCUGGACGGCCGAACGCUGGCCAUGAUGAGAGCCGCCCGCUGCGGCCUGAGAGACGCCUUCAACAACACGCUGGAGUAUCGCGUCCUGGGUCACUGGCGUAAGAAGAGACUGACUUAUCGCAUCUAUAACCAUCCGCUUCAUCUGGGAUUGGCUCGGACACGAGUAGCGAUUCGCGCGGCCUUCGGCUACUGGAGCGACGUCUCUCAACUUCACUUCCAGGAGGUCAGCAGAGGUCACGCGGACAUCAACCUCUCUUUCCACAGAAGAGACCAGGGCUGCCCGGUUCCUUUUGACGGACCAGGCCAGGUUUUGGGUCACGCCGAAGGCCCGGAGUCUGGCACGGUUCACUUUGAUGCCGAUGAGGUGUGGACGGAGGGGCGGAGUUACGGAGCAAACCUACGCAUCGUAGCUGCCCAUGAGAUAGGCCACGCCCUUGGACUAGGCCACUCCCAGUUCCACAGUGCUCUCAUGGGCCCCGUGUACAAGGGAUAUCGGGACGGUUUCAAACUGCACCAUGAUGACAUCCGCGGUAUCCAAACUCUGUACGGAAAACCUGUGGAAAGACCUUCCGCUGCUCCGAGAAAGCCAGAAGCAGAGCCGUCGGCCCCGGACCACUGCGCCGCGCCACUGGACGCCAUCAUGAUGUGUAAAAGGCCUCUCCACAAGACAUUUGCUUUCAGAGGUCAGUACGUGUGGACGGUCUCAGAUUCCGGUCAUAGCGCUCCCGUUCACAUUAAUGCCCUUUGGAAAGAACUGCCCGGCAACAUCAAUGCAGCGGUUCACUCUCAAAGAACCAACAAAUCCUAUUUCCUUAAAGGAGAUAAAGUGUGGAGAUACUCUGGCUUUAAACUGGACCACGGAUACCCGAAACGACUCCGUAUUCCCGCCAACAUACAAGCUGCUUUCUACCUCAAGAGCCGCCGGGCGCUCGUCUUCAUAAAGGGAUCAGAUUACUGGCUCUGGGAUGAACUGGGCUCAGGUAACAAACUCCUGCUCCAGCCCAAACCUCUGGCCCAGCUCAUCGCCGGCCUGCCCUCGGAUCCGGACGCCGCCUUCGCACGGACCGACGGACAGGUGUACGUGUUCAGGGGCGAGCAGUACUGGCGCACGAGUCCCGCGAUGCUGCUGGAGAAGGGCUAUCCGCUCCGCGCCAGAGAGCCAUGGAUGCCGUGUGACGAUUAGACCUGCUUUAAUCAAAUAUUAUUUUCAUGAAUAUAAAUUAUUUUCAUAUCAUAAAUCGCUACAGUAAAGAUAAAAGACAUAUUAGGAAGUCAUUGUCAGCAGU